CCUCUGUUGAGGUUCCAAGCGUACUGUACCGAUACUAAAAUGUGACGUAAAAACACUGCAGAUCACUGAUUGGUCAGACAGAAUCGUCACUACCAGCGUCAUUGUAUUUGCGACACGAGACACUAAAACCCGCUAGAUUUAAAUAGCCAGACAACAGCCAACGCGGUAGCACCUGUUUUUAGAGUAUUUACUUGAUAAAAGAAUUAAAAAAUUUUCAAAAAAGAAAUGGCUGAAUCGUGGUCAGUGGACGAGGUGCAGACGUUCCUCUCGUUGGUUCCCGAGGAGCGGAUACAGCAAGAGCUGGAUGGGGCGACACGGAAUGAAAAAGUGUUCCAAGAAGUAGCACAGCUCUUAGCCGCACACGGCUACCACCGCAAACAGUGUAGGGACAAAUUAAAAAAACUAAAAAGUGACUACCGAGCCAUAAAGGAUCACAACGGCCGGAGUGGUGCAAACAGAAGAACGUGGAAGUGGUUCGACCAAAUGGACGCUAUCUACGGAAGUCGACCUGCGAGCAAUGUGAGAGAGGGUGCCCUGGACUUGGCCACCUCGUUGUUGGACAACACAAUCGAGGAUGAUGCACUGUCUACGAUUGACUCGUUAGCACUUUCUCCAUGCAGUGAUGCCUCAACGUCCCAACUGGUGAUAGCAGCGUCACCACCAGCAACCUCCAGCAGCACCAGCAGGACACCAGAGAGUGUGGUACCAGGCAAGAGGAAACGGAACAUGCACCAUCAGGAGCAUCUUGCUGUUUUAAGAGAGAUGCAGGUGGCUGAUAUUCAACAGCAGGAGCUGAACCGGGCACAGAGGGAGCUACAUUUGCAGAUGGCAAUAGAUGAGGCCCGGCAAGCAAGGGAGCAGGAAGCGGCCUUAAGGAGGGAGGAAAAUGCACAAACGGCUGCAUUCAAUCAAGCCUUUCUCAACGUCAUGGGGAUGCUUGUACAGGCGAUGAGUAACAGAACAGAACAGUGACAGAACUGACAAGAACAGAACUCUCUGCCCGACUAAAACCUCCCUAGUCCAUACUUCACGGAAAUAGUUAAUUUUUUAACUUGUUUUUCCUGUGAAUGUUUUUCUACUACAUACGUUUGUGCACAACAUUUAAAGUUUGUUUAGUGUAAAUUUUUUACUUUUAAAUGUUUAUAUAUGUCUUAUUUAUAUUUUUAUUUUUUUUGCACUACAUACA